AUGCUUCAUCCGCCGCUCCGGGUAUCGAUCAAAGGGACGUCUAGAGAAGUGCUGUUGAUCGUGAAAACGGCAUUGGUUUUUUCACAUCGACAAUUGGCGAAUGCACGACAUUUGAGUGUGGCAAGCCAUGGAAUUAACUACACAAUACAGCGGCAGCCGGUGACCUACCUCCGGGUACCGCUACCUUUAACGCUUGGUAUCCCGCAGAAGCUGAACUUCCGCUCAAACAUUAUUAUUACGCCGAUUGUGACGUGCACCCAAAAAAAUACCAUAAGAUGCCUAGAAGUUGGUGCCUGCAUCAGCAAUCACUAUCAUUGUGAUGGUUCACCGAAUUGCCUGAAGAAAAGUUGUAAAAAAGUAGAAGCCGAGGUCGUGCAGCGGAAGCAACACAAUUCAUAUCAAGAACUGUUCGUUGAGUACUCACCGUUCACUUCUUCGCAAGCCAUGCUGAUCGGCUUUUUCGUCAUGAAUCUCUCGUUCAUCGUGUUCUUCGUAUUGCUGUCAAUCUGUUCUACUUCGCCGCGAUUGUCGCGUAUCGUGUUCCGUCCUCGCAGCAAAUGUGCUUUGUCAUACGUGCAAUUGAUGAGG